UUGCCGGCUGCGGAAAUGGCGGCAUCGUGCGCGGCUCUGCUGCUGACGUCCGUGCUGCUGGCGCUGCUGCUGCUGUUGGGCUUGUGGAAACGCUGGCGGCGGUGGCGGGCCGCAGCCCGGCACGUGGCUGUCGUGGUGCUGGGCGACUUGGGCCGCAGCCCUCGUAUGCAGUACCACGCGCUGUCGCUGGCCAAGUGUGGCUUCUCUGUGACCUUCCUGGGGUUCUACAACUCCAAACCCCAUGAUGAGCUCUUGCAGAAUGACAGAAUUGGGAUUGUGGGGUUGACAGAACUUGAGAUGCUUGCAGUUGGGCCCCCUGUUCUCCAGUAUGGAAUUAAAGUUGUCGUUCAGGCGUUGCAGCUGCUCUGGGCUUUUGUGAAGAUGGAGCCUGCAGUCUACGUCUUCCUCCAGAACCCCCCGGGCCUGCCUGGCAUUGCCGUCUGCUGGCUCGUGUGUUGCCUCUUUGGGGGCAAGCUCGUCGUCGACUGGCACAACUAUGGGUACUCCAUCAUGGGGCUGGUGCAUGGCCCUAGACACCCCCUCGUUCUGCUGGCCAAGUGGUGCGAAAAGCUCUGUGGGCGCCUGUCUCACCUGAACCUGUGUGUGACCUACGCAAUGAGUGAAGACUUGGCCCAGAACUGGAGCAUCAAGGCUGUGACCGUCUAUGACAAGCCAGCAUCCUUCUUCAGAGAGACCCCCCUGAACCUGCAGCACCAGCUUUUUGUGAAGCUGGGCUGCAUCUACCCUGCAUUCAGGGCCUGCUCAGAGCCUUUGGACCCAGCCAUGGAAUUGUCAGCCUUCACGGAGUGGGAUGCUGGGAGUGGGCUGGUGACACACCGGUGGGGGCGGCCAGCCCUGUUGGUCAGCAGCACGAGCUGGACAGAAGAUGAAGACUUCUCCAUCCUGCUAGAAGCACUAGAAAAGUUCGAACGACUGACUGUUGAUGGAGAAAAUCUUCCAUCUCUCGUCUGUGUGAUAACAGGCAAAGGGCCACUGAAGGAGCACUACAGCAACCUCAUUGGCCAGAAGCGCUUCCAGCAUGUCCACAUCUGCACCCCGUGGCUGGAGGCCGAGGAUUACCCCCUGCUCCUGGGGUCUGCGGACCUGGGUGUCUGUCUGCACAAGUCUUCCAGUGGCCUGGACCUGCCCAUGAAGGUUGUGGAUAUGUUUGGGUGCUGCCUGCCGGUGUGUGCUGUGAACUUCAGAUGUUUGCAUGAGCUUGUGAAACAUGAGGAAAAUGGCCUGGUCUUCGAGGACUCGGAGGAACUGGCAGCACAGCUGAAGAUGCUUUUCUCAAAGUUUCCCGAUCCUGCUGGUAAACUGAACUUGUUCCGGAAGAACCUCCGGGAGUCUAGGCAGGUUCGCUGGCACGAGAGCUGGAAGCGGACAGUGCUCCCUUUGCUUGUGGACAUGUGACCACUCGGGCCAGAGAUGAAGCCCCUCCACAUGCCCAUCCACCCUGAAGACCUUCACGCUGAUGCCGCCUCCCCGCCCUCUCUCCUCCUGAGCCCCCUUCCUCUCCCCAGAGCAGGCCCACUCCCCUCCUUGCAGCCUCCUCUGGCUUUGCUGGUCAAGUCCAGAGUCCCAGGUCCUGGCAAAUGCAUCCGAACAGUGCCACUUUUUGAAGUUAUUUCUUUACAACCCAGGAGCUGUAAUUCUCCUGGUUUGUUCCACGGAGGCUAUGGAACGCCUUCCUCGGUUCUCUCAUUUUGUGUACCUGUCCUUCCCCUAGGUCAUAACUUGUUUAUUAUUUGUGUGUGACCUCUUCA